UUUAAAGAUUAUCACGUCAUGAGUCCCCUACAGGCCAUUUUUAUUGUUUGUUUAGCAGCCUCCCAAAUCCAGGGGGUUCCGCGCGGUUCCAAACCAGUGCCUAGAAUCGUAGGAGGCGAUGACGCCGACAUUCAGGACUUUCCCUACCAGACAGCGCUGUUUCUAGACGGAGAGCUCGUGUGUCAAGGUUCCAUAGUUGGGCCGAGUUGGGUGCUCACGGCCGGUCACUGCUUCUUCGACCGCAACGAAGCCACUAGACUCCAAGGCAGCUGGUCCGUGCGUGUAGGAAGCAGCCAACUCUCAUCUGGAGGCCAGGUAGUGUCGGUCGCUGAAGUAAACUUAUACGACCCGUUUGACUGGUUCUCGACAGACUUGGCGUUGCUUAAAUUGGAAAGUUCUCUCGAGUACGGACCGUCUGUUCAAGCUGUUCGAUUGCCCGAAAAAGGCCGAGAGUUGAAAAGCGACGAGCCGGCAAUAGUAACCGGCUGGGGUUCCACCAUCGUUUAUCUAGAGCAGUCCGAGCAGCUUCAGAAAGUUGAACUCAACGUCGUUCUCACAGAGGACUGCAAAAUAAGUUACGGAAAAGCUAUAAUUAGCGACACCACGUUCUGUGCCCAGUACGCCCCUGGAGGUAAAGGUAUUUGUGCGUACGACAGCGGCGCGCCUUUGGUGGCCAACGGUACUCUCAUAGGCGUCGGAGAGUUCACCUUGGAGUGCGGUAACUUCAUCGGAAUUCCCGGUGGUGCUUUUGCCAAUGUCGCCCUUUAUAGGGACUGGAUAACUAGCGUUAUCGGAUUGUGGGUACUGCAGGGUUCCAAACCAGUGCCUAGAAUUGUUGGAGGCGAUGAUGCCGGUAUUCAGGACUUUCCCUACCAGGCAGCGCUGGUUCUAGACGGAGAGCUCGAGUGUCAAGCCUACUCUGGGGAAUUUGUGGUAUUAAGGGCUCUAGCCUCCAAAUUAGCUGGUCCGUGCGUAUUGUUUCAAGUAGCAUCACAGAUAAACAACUUAUAUAUUAUCGCCAUUAGCAUUUGCGCUAAACACAUUAAAUUGGGGUCGCUCAAUAGUCUGCCUCAUGAUUACCAUCGCACUGAUCAUUUCAGUUGUUUGCUUGACCGCGUCAUUAAUUCGAGUCUACCACAUGGUUUCAAACCAGGGCCCAGAAUCGUUUGCGGUGAGGGUGCCGACAUCCAGGAUUAUCCCUACCAGGCAGCGGUGUUAUUGGACGGUGAAUACGCAUGCCAAGCAUCCAUCACAAGCAGCAGUUGGGUUAUCGGCGUCUCUCACUGCUUCUACGACAUAGAUGGCGUUCGCCUCCAAGGCAACUGGUCGGUUCGAGUAGGGAGCAGCCAACCAUCGUUCGGAGGUCAGGUGCUGCAGCUGUCUGAAGUAAACUUCUUCGAGCCGUACCAGAAAUUCCUCGACGACUUAGCACUGCUUAAAUUAGAGAACCCUCUUAAGUACGGACCGUCAAUCCAGGUCGUUAAACUACCGGAAAGAGACCGAGAGUUGAAAAGCGACGAACCGGCAGUGGCUACCGGCUGGGGUUGCACAGCGGAUUAUUCCUUUCAUUUAGCGGACCAGUUGCAGCAGGUCACGUUUAGUAUUGUGCUCAGUGAAGACUGCCAAAGUAGCUACGGAAAAGAUUUGGUCAGCGACACGAUGUUCUGCGCCCAGUCCGCAGGUAAAGGUCUCUGCUCCGACGACGGCGGCGCACCUUUGGUCUCCAACGGUACCCUGUUGGGAGUCGGAGAGUUCAGUUUGGCAUGCGACCAGGUCGUCCGACUGCCUGGUGAUGCUUUUGGCAACGUCGUCCUGUACAGAGACUGGAUAGCAACCGUCAGCGGGUUGUAGAUUAAAUAAAAUUUUUUAAACUGUUCCGGUGGGUUUAUUUAAUAGCG